AUGAGUGGCAAUGGUGCAAUCAGCAUAAUGAUAAGCAACCUUUUCAGAGAAUCCUUGUUUCUGGAAGAGGUCUAUAGUAUGCUUCAAGGAAAAAGAGAUGUGGAUACCGUUUUGACCAUGGGUAUUAUGGAAGAUGUUAGUAUAGUUCCCCAGCCUGCUGGAGAUACUGGUAAGGUUGAUUUGACAAUGAAUGUUGUUGAACGUGUAAGUGGAGGCUUCUCUGCUGGUGGUGGGAUUUCAAGUGGGUAUGAUAACAAGUGGCCCUCUAUCUGGAUUGAUUGGAAGUUUUUUGGGAGUAUUUCCAACUUCAUGUUAAUUGGUAAAGAAACAACAUAUCUCCCUCUCCCUGAUGAGAAAAAUUAA